CCCCUCCCUUGCCGUCGGGACGAAGAAGCCGCUUUCUCAGAAACCGUAAUCUCACGUAUUCAAAAACUCCUUUUGAACUCCAUCCAAUAUCUGCAAAUCUGGGUUCACACCUAUCUCGGAGAUGGAGAUCGAUUCCGUCGCAGCUGGUUCUUGCUCCAAGGAGAAUCAAAUUAUCUACAAGGACUGGUUCGAAUUCGCCGAUUCAGACGGAGAUGGACGCAUUACUGGUAACGACGCGAUCAAGUUCUUCUCCAUGUCGAAUCUGCCUCGACCUGAGUUGAAGCAGGUCUGGGCGAUUGCAGAUGCAAAGAGACAAGGCUAUCUUGGAUUCAAAGAGUUUAUCGCUGCUAUGCAGCUUGUUUCUUUGGCUCAAACUGGACAUGAGAUAUCGCAUGAAGUUCUUCAUAGUGACGUUGAUUUCAAAAAUAUGAAUCCUCCUGUUAUGGAUGGUCUCAUCGUAUUAAUGGCGAAGAAGAAGCAUUCACCAAAGUCGAGUGAUCCGAAUGGUACUCCUGCUGCAGAUGCAUCACUUACAGCUCAUUGGUUCUCUUCCAAAUCUUCGAAAAAGAUUUCUCUGUCCUCCGUAACAUCUAUAAUCGAUGGCCUAAAGAGGUUGUACAUUCAAAAGCUGAAGCCACUUGAAGUUGCUUAUCAGUUUAACGAUUUUGUAUCUCCUUUGUUAACGAACAGUGAUUUCGACGCCAAACCUAUGGUGAUGCUUCUGGGUCAGUACUCCACAGGGAAAACAACUUUCAUUAAGCAUAUGCUUAAAUCUAGUUAUCCAGGAGCUCAUAUUGGACCAGAACCAACUACUGACAGAUUUGUUGUCGUCAUGUCUGGACCUGAUGAAAGAAGUAUCCCGGGGAACACAGUAGCGGUUCAAGCAGAUAUGCCAUUCAGUGGUCUUACAACUUUUGGGACUGCCUUUUUGUCAAAGUUUGAAUGUUCUCAGAUGCCUCACCCUCUGCUGGAGCACAUAACAUUUGUAGACACACCUGGAGUUUUAUCUGGGGAGAAGCAACGGACUCAGCGAGCAUAUGAAUUCACUGGUGUUACAUCAUGGUUUGCCUCGAAGUGCGAUCUCAUCCUCCUCCUGUUCGAUCCACACAAGCUGGAUGUAAGCGAUGAGUUCAAGCGGGUUAUUUCAUCUUUACGUGGUCAUGAUGACAAGAUCCGCGUUGUUCUGAAUAAGGCUGACCAAGUGGACACUCAGCAGCUAAUGAGGGUGUAUGGAGCUCUCAUGUGGUCACUUGGGAAAGUUCUCAAUACUCCUGAGGUUGCCCGUGUCUACAUUGGAUCGUUCAGUGAUAAACCCAUUAACGAAGUUUCAACUGGUCCAAUUGGGAGAGAAUUGUUUGAAAUGGAGCAAGAAGAUCUUCUCUCUGAUUUGAAAAACAUUCCAAAGAAAGCUUGUGAUCGUCGAAUAAAUGAGUUUGUGAAACGGGCAAGAGCUGCAAAGAUACAUGCGUACAUCAUCAGCCAUUUGAAGAAAGAGAUGCCAGCCAUAAUGGGAAAAGCCAAAGCUCAACAAAAACUGAUGGAUAACUUGGAAGACGUCUUUGGAAAGGUACAAAGAGAGCAUCAUUUACCAAAAGGAGAUUUCCCAAACGUGGACCAUUUUAGGGAGGUGCUAAGUGGUUACAACUUCGACAAGUUUGAGAAGCUAAAGCCAAAAAUGUUGCAGACUGUUGAUGAUAUGUUGGGGUAUGACAUUCCGGAGCUCUUGAAAAAUUUCAAAAACCCUUAUGAUUAAAUACUAUUAUCCCGUCUUAGCUAUAUGUGCUUACUGUUUUAACCCUAAUCAUGCACUCACCUUUGGCCCUAGAACUUCCUUUUUGAGCAUAAAUGCACAUUUGUAUUCUUAAAAGACUUGUACACCAUUAAGACCACAAAGAGUACUUCCAAAACAAAAGUAUUGAAUAUCAAUAUCAAGUCUUAACAUUGUUUGGUUUA